AUGUUCAAUGAAAAUUUUACAUCCUUACAAGAUGCUGCACCUACCUAUGAUGCUGUACCUACCUGUAAUAUUCUUUUCUCUCUAGAUGAUUCUAGUAAUAAACAUAGUUCUAAAAGCAAAACUGGUAUUAGUACUAUUAAAAGGCACUUCGAAAAUAACCACAACUCCAAAUACCAGAAAUGUCUACAAUCAUCUGAUUUACAAGUUGUAAAGUAUUAUGGUGUUCAAGAUAUAAACAAA